GGGCGUGGGAGCGACGGUGUGCUGCCCCGGUCCCAUCGCGCCCUUCAAGGACGGCGUGCCCAACGUGGAGAUCAGGCCAGACGGAUCGCUGGCGUUCAACAGGACCAGUCUGGUGGGGCCCAUGAACGCGCUGAGGGUGUCCGAGCUCAUUGCCACCGCCGCCGCAUACGGGCUGGACGAGUCCUGGGUGUCGCAGCAGCCGCUGCUGUUCAUGGGCCAUGCCAUGCAGAGCGCCCCCGGCCUGGGGUGGAACAUCAUCAAGCUCCUUGGUCCUGCUCGAGUGCGCAGAAUGAAGGCCGGCCUGGGCGGCGACGCCUUUGGGGAGAUCAUCAGGGGGAAGGCGUCCGCCCUCCUGGCGGGCCUGCAGCGGCGCCUGCGCUGGUCCGCGGGGAAGGCAAAAUCCGUCGCGGACGAAUUGUAA